AUGAGUGGCUCAGGACUCUCGCUGCACGACAGAGAUGACAAUCAUGGAGGAGGAAUCAUUGCAUCAGAAGUCAUCACCACGUUCCUGGCAUCCAUGACUGUAGCUCUGCGAUUAGCGACUCGGAUAUGGAUUGUCCGCAAUGUCGGCUGGGACGACUAUACCAUUCUUUUCGCAGCAUUCGGUAAGAUUAUCGGCUCUGGUCUCGUCAUCGUAGAAGUUCACUAUGGUUUUGGAAGACACAAUGUCGCCCUCACACAUUGGCAAUUAAUUGAGUUUAUGAAAUACUCCUACGGAGAAUGGAUCCAGACUUUCCAGACCUUGAUGUUCACCAAAAUAUCCAUCUGCUUUUUCCUCUUACGAAUUCCAGUGGAAAAGCACCUGAUACGACCCAUUCAAGGGGCUACAGUCGCUCUCAUUAUCAGCAACAUCGUCCUCACCUUGCUAUGGAUUUUCCAAUGUAAUCCGAUUGCCAGUGUAUGGAACAAGCAGACUCCAGGUUCAUGCUUUACCGACGGCCAGUUACAAAGAAUUAUCAUCUCUCAAGCCCUCAUCUCGAUCAUAUCCGAUUUCAUGCUUGCCCUCUUCCCCAUUGUUCUUUUAUGGAAUGUUCAGAUAGCGCCGCGCCUCAAAGCCGUCCUGAACUGGCAGAAUGUCAACUCAGAUCCAACCUGGGAAAGUGUCAACAAUUGGUACUGGCGCUCCUGGGAAGUCUGCAUUGGCAUCGUCGCGGCUUGCAUACCCGCCCUACGCCCUGGGUACAGAACUGUUUCUGCUGGCAUCAGCUCUUACCUCUCUCAUCGCUCCCCACGUAAAAGCAGCGACUUCGCCCUCGUCGACUCACGCCAUCCUUCCCACCCCCCGCAAAUCGAGAAGCCAACGCUCAGCACAUUGCCCCUCCACAAGCUUCGUACGAUCCUGCCUUGGGAGCGGCGGCGCAAGCGGUCUCAGCGGAAGCAGAUCGUGCUCAGGAGUAUGGAGCUGGCGUGGACGGGUUUGCGAUGA